ACAAUGUCCACCCCUGCUCUUUAAUAAUCAGAUUUAUUAGUAGGUGUAUCAGUAAUUAGUAUUAAUAAGCUUUAUUGGCUGAGCGGAAGUUCACCACUGAAUCCUCACAGCUCUGCUGCUUAGCGAUUUAAACUGACCACGUGACCAGAUUAGCUCCGCCUCCGACGCCGUAGUGAAACGCGUCCUCCUGUCAGCCAAUCAGCGGCCGAGUUUGUCCCACGCGUGUAUUGUUUAAACUGCUCCGAGCGAGCGCAGCACUCUGAGCCAAACCUGCACACGAAGCUAUGGCGGCUGCCGUGUCCGUUAGCAGAGCUGCCGAAGAGGAGGCGUGCUGCGCCGGGGCAGGCGUCACCACCCGCCCGCUUUAUGAACACUAUGAUCAGGCCAAGUCAGAAAACUGGGCCGCUGAAAAGCGCAGGGACUCGGAGGCGGAUCCGCGCGAUGAGGCGGCGGCGGCGGGGAGCGAGUGCGCGCGCAGGGCUGAGGACGCGCUCCCUGCACUCAGCCCCGAGCAGGUCGCCAGUCGGCUGGAGAGAACCCGAAGAGAGUUUUACAACCGCCGCAAAAUCAUCAUUAAAAACCUCCCCGCUGAUAUCACCAACCAGGAGGUACACGAGUUGUUAAGAAACUAUGAUCUGAAGUACUGCUUUGUGGACAAAUACAAAGGAACAGCUUUCGUGACUCUGCUAAAUGGCGAGCAGGCCCAGUGCGCGAUCAAGGAGUUCCACCAGCAAGUACUGCGUGAGCGGGAGAUCUCCGUGCAGCUGCAGCCCACAGACGCCCUGCUGUGCAUCGCCAACCUCCCACGGGCCUUCACGCAGCAGCAGUUCGACGAGCUGGUGCGGCCUUUUGGCAACUUGGAGCGCUGCUUCUUGGUGCACAGCGCAUGCACCGGCCACCCCAAGGGCUACGGCUUCGUGGAGUACAUGAAGAAGGACUCGGCUGCCCGGGCCAAAUCGGAGCUGUUGGGCAAACAGCUCGGCUCGCGCAUGCUGUACGUGCACUGGACCGAGGUGGGGUCGCUGACGUACGCCACACUGCACUCGCGCUGCCUCUGCGUGGACCGACUGCCUGCCAGCCUGCUGACUGCUCAGGAUCUGCUGAACACCCUGGCCGACAUGCCAGAGCCCAUCUUCUGCCAGCUUGCUCAGGGACAAGAUGGCAGUUUUCGGCGAUUUGCCAUUUUGGAGUACUCCACGGCAGAGAUGGCUGAAGAGGUGCAGCGAUUAACUGAUGGAAGGCCUGUAGGUGGUAGCCAUAUUCGCGUGUCCUUCUGUGCUCCCGGGCCGCCGGGCAGGAGCAUGCUGGCAGCGCUUAUUGCCGCUCAGACUUUGGCUAUAAACAGAGGAAAGGGUCUCCUCCCUGAACCUAGUGCCAUGCAAAUACUUUCUAGUUUGAGCAACCCGGCGACCCUGAAAAUGCUGCUGGCGCCUCUCAAUCAGGGACACAAACAAGGUCUGCUCGGCGCAGCCCCGGCGAUGCCGCUGCUCACUAACCCCGCGCUCUCCGCCGCUCUGGUGCAGCUGCUGCUUCAGAACCAAGUCCAGCAGCAAGCCUUUCUAGGAAACCCUCUUCUUUGGGCACAGGUUCUGCACAGUACAGAAAGCCGUCUGCCACCCUGUCAGGCUGGACUGCUCGGUGAAAACCCUCUGGCUGCUCUCCCUCUUCAACACGGCAUUAACAUGCUGGGAGAUCUACCUCAUGGUGCCAUGGCUCCUGGCUUGGGCAUGCAAACAGAGCCUUUAGGCCCCAUAAAGCCCCCACCCCUGGGCCGGACACUAGGGAGGGAGCCAGAGUCCCCAGCCACACCGAAUAGUUUUCCCACCAACCCUUCUCCUGCACUACAGGGCAUGAGCGUCCCGCUCCUGGGGAGUGUGCUAGGAGGAGAUGGAUCCACACUGCCAACGGCUUCUUUAUUAGGAGAGCCACCCAAAGAAAUCGGAGUGUCCCCGAACCCCUUUCUGAACGCGCCCAGUAUAUUCCCAGCCUCUGUUGCCAACUCCAGGCCGCACCCGUACAGGAAGAGACCAAUGCUAGGUGGCAUGGCUAACCAGCGGCCCAUCCCGAGCAUCAACUCCAAUUAUAACCUGCGCUGCCAAGACUCGUACGAGUUCCCAGCAGUACACCAGGACCCCCUCUCUCACCUCUAUGAGCAGCUGGAGACUCUGGACAGCACAGCACAUCUGGCCUAUGGAGCACAGCACUCGAGACACGGAGCCAUCAGUGAGAGAACAUCUCCCUUCGCUUACGCCUCUAGCCCUCCUGGCUCCUCCUACUUCAGCUUUGGUGCCCCUGGGACUGCGCCUUCCACCCAGCUCAAUAAGGCUGUGGGAAUGCCUCCCAUGACUCACUCCAGUGUCUUCUCUGCUGCACCUGGAAGUGGAGCUAAGACUCCUGUAGGAGGACAGAAGCGUCUCUUCUCACGGCUGAUUCCGUCUCCAGAGCCCAGUCCGGAGGGUGGCUACGUGGGUCAGCAUUCUCAGGGCCUCGGGGGUCACUAUGCCGACUCCUACCUGAAACGGAAGCGCAUAUUUUAAACCCCUUGCUCAUUGGUGCCGUUGUUGACCCCCGCUGGCUGUCAGUGAGGGACAGAGGUCGUUCCAGGAUCCGGGAAACAUCCUGUUAGCCUUUUCCAUGCCAGUCAGUGGGAGUUUUGUUUGUGAAUGAUUUCAGUGCGUAUGUAAAUUAUUUUAUUUCCCCAUUUUUAAUUUUAAAUUCUUUAAUUUGCCUUUUUAAGUUUGCUCUUCCAUUAACGCUAAGACCGCAGGUACCUCACUAAGGAAAAAUCCCCCCCCCCCCCCCCUUUUUUUUUUUAAUUUUUUUUUUUUUAUUAUAAAAUCUUUAUUUAUUUUGUUCCUUCCCCCUUAAUCAGACUCCCCUUUGAUUAUCUAUUCUGUAUAUAGUUGAGUAGCAUUCAUGAAUAGAGUCUUUCCUUUGGUCAUGGUUCUUGGAAACCCUCUUGACGCAUCUUGUGUGAUAGUCUCAGGUCUACGUGUGAUCCGUGUGCUUGUCGUCUGUCCCAGCAGCAGCAGUACCGGUAGCUGCUCUGUUCGUCUGUGUUCAUUCCUUCACUCCUGCUGGACACCAUGUUUGUUCUGUUUUUCUGUGUUAAGCCUGUCCCAGUCCCCUCCACAUGUCCCCUUCCCACUCCCUCCAUCACAAGUCCAGGUUUCCUGCACAAAGUGUUGUGUGUUGCACUUGGAGGAUGUGAGUCACGUGAAAUUUGCCUUCCUCAUCCUGUCCUUUCCUCACCAGCCAUUCGUUUUCUACAGUUCUGUAGUCUUACUUUGUCUCCCUUCUCCCCGGGUACUCUGCGUUCAGUCUGUAGUUUUGUCGUUACCCUCCCUGAUCUCCACUCAGUACUCGCCCCCGUACCACCAGCAGAGGGAGCUGGUUAGCUUUUGAGGAAAAGUGCUUUAUCUCAUGUGCCUGCCUUUUUUUUUUCUUUUUUUUUUCAUAAUUUUUAAUACUGGAACAACUGACAGUCUGGAGCAGGCCGGACCUGUGCUCAAACAUGAUGGUUCAUGUUUUUUUUUUUUUUUUUUUUUUCCUUUUGAAUAAUUAUUGCUGUUACUGCUGCAAGUGUGCCAACUCCAUCUUGACUCCUGUGGGGGAGGAGUUCUCACUGACUAGAACAUGGCUGGAUUACGAGUAGCAGAUCUGUGACUUGCUUAAUCUGGCUGACAUUUUGAUUGUGGUAACUGAAUAUCUCCGGUGUGCUGCAAUUCAUGAUGGAAUCUGCAAAUCUCUCUCGUGUCUAAACUCAUGAUGUGUUUUAGUGUAAUCUCUCCCACACUCUCUAUUUAACCUGUUUAUUUGCUGUGUACAUACCUGAGCUUGUAUAUUUCUUUGGAAUUUUUGGCUCAUAUUACUUUUUUCUUUAUCGAGUCUGUAAUUAGAUUGGAAAUGCUGCUGUAUUUUUUUUUUUUGUUUGUUUGUUUUUUUUUUUUUUGAGUGAUAUUGCAGCAUCUUGUUUGAGGAGUUUGCAUAUGCUAUAUGGACUACUGCUGUAUUGUAAAGAACCAAACGGACUUCAUCUGUAAAAUGACUGCUUAGCAAGUGCACCAUCAUUUGUACAGAGUUGCCAUGUUUUUGUGACUUAUAUUUCAGCAAGUAAAUGUUAUUUAUGUUCA